CCCCAUCCACCACCUUACCCCUUCUCCCAGCCCCAUCCCUCUCCCAGACCUCCCUGCACAUGUGAGGGACAGGCUACCCAGCCCUGGCUCCCCGCUGGCACACCCCUCCCCUCCCUCCGGAGAGAUGAGCCUGCAGAAGCACCAGCAGUUGGGUGGUGGCAUCGGUGGAGUGAUGGGCUCCGAUCGGGACCUGCAGUCCACCGCUUCCUCCAUCUCUCUGCCCUCUGUAAAAAAGGCCCCCAAGAAGAGACGCCUCUCCCUCGCCGCUCUUUUCAGAAGGCGAGGUCGGGAGGCUAAAUCAGGGCGCCAGAGGUCGCGAGAGCUCCAGCACUCUGGACCCGGAGGGCUCGGAGGGGUGGAUGGCAUCGCCAGCAUCGAGAGCAUCCACUCUGAGAUGUGUAACGACAAGAACUCUGCCUUCUACUCUGUGGCUGGGACCGGAGCUGCCUCUGCUGCUGCUGCUGCUGCUGCUGCUGCUGCCACCGCUGCUGCUGCUGCUGCCGCUGCCGCUGCCGCUGCCGCUGCCGCCUCCACCUCAUCUGCCUCAGGGCCUUCUUCCUCUACCUCCUCCUCCUCCUCCAAGGUGGGGGCCGGGGUGGGGACUGAGCUACUGGAGUGCCCGCUGUGCCUUCUGCGCCACUCCAGGGAGAGCUUCCCUGACAUCAUGACCUGUCACCACCGCUCCUGCAUCGAUUGCCUGCGCCAGUACCUGCGCAUUGAGAUCUCAGAGUCACGUGUCAACAUCAGCUGCCCUGAGUGCUCCGAGCGCUUUAACCCGCACGACAUCCGCAUGAUCCUGGGUGACCGGGCGCUCAUGGACAAAUACGAGGAGUUCAUGCUGAGGAGGUGGCUUGUGGCUGACCCUGACUGCCGCUGGUGCCCUGCACCGGACUGUGGGUAUGCAGUGAUUGCCUUCGGUUGUGCCAGCUGUCCUAAGAUCACUUGUGGCAGGGAGGGCUGCGGUACAGAGUUCUGUUACCACUGUAAGCAGCUGUGGCAUCCUAACCAGACCUGUGACGCAGCACGUCAACAGAGAGCCCAGAGCCUGCGUCUGAGGACAGUCCGUUCAUCCUCGCUCAGCUACAGCCAAGAGAGUGGAGCUGCAGCUGAUGACAUUAAGCCAUGUCCGCGCUGUGCUGCUUACAUCAUCAAGAUGAACGACGGCAGCUGUAACCACAUGACCUGCGCCGUCUGUGGCUGUGAGUUCUGCUGGCUCUGCAUGAAGGAGAUCUCAGACCUGCACUACCUGAGUCCGUCAGGCUGUACUUUCUGGGGAAAGAAGCCAUGGAGCAGGAAGAAGAAGAUUCUUUGGCAACUGGGAACACUCGUGGGUGCCCCUGUCGGAAUUGCGCUCAUCGCCGGCAUAGCUAUCCCAGCCAUGAUCAUUGGCAUCCCUGUCUAUGUGGGAAGGAAGAUCCAUAACCGCUACGAAGGCAAAGAUAUCUCCAACCACAAGAGGAACCUGGUGAUCGCUGGUGGAGUGACUCUCUCUGUCAUCGUGUCUCCAGUGGUGGCUGCAGUCACUGUCGGCAUUGGAGUUCCCAUCAUGCUAGCUUACGUCUAUGGUGUGGUGCCCAUCUCACUGUGCCGUAGUGGAGGUUGUGGCGUUUCAGCUGGGAAUGGCAAAGGAGUCCGUAUUGAGUUUGACGACGAGAAUGACAUGAAUGUCGGCAGUGGGGCAGCUGCCACCGAUACUACAUCUGUGGCAGACACCAGGAACAACCCCAGUAUAGGUGAAGGCAGUGUUGGGGGGAUGACAGGCAGCCUGAGUGCCAGUGGCAGCCACAUGGACCGCCUGGGAGCCAUCAGGGACAACCUGAGUGAAACGGCGUCCACCAUGGCCCUGGCUGGAGCCAGCAUCACCGGCAGCCUCUCUGGCAGUGCCAUGGUCAAUUACUUAAACAGGCUGGAGGUGCAGGCCGAUGUGCAGAAGGAGCGCUGCAGUCUGAGCGGUGAGUCUGGCACUGUCAGCCUGGGUACAAUAAGUGACAACGCUAGCACCAAAGCAAUGGCUGGAUCCAUUCUUAACGCCUACAUGCCCCUCGACAGAGAUGGGAACAGUAUGGAGGUCCAGGUUGACAUUGAAUCCAAACCCGGCAAACUACGGCACCACAGCGGCAGCAGCAGCGUAGAUGACGGCAGCCAUGUUGGCCGCUGCGGCUGGACCUGCCCCUCCAACGGUUGCACCUCCUCAGAAGGCAAAGGGACCUCCACUAAGUGGGCCAAAGAGGCGUCCUGCUCCUCCUCCUCCAGCUCUGGGGGCAAAAAGAGCAAAGGAAAGCUGCGUAAGAAAGGCGGAGGAGGCACCAAGAUCAACGAGACAAGAGAGGACAUGGACGCUCAGCUGCUGGAGCAGCGCAGCACCAACUCCUCCGAGUUCGACUCUCCCUCGCUGAGCGGCAGCCUGCCAUCAGUGGCCGACUCCCACUCCAGCCACUUCUCUGAGUUCAGCUGCUCCGACCUGGAAAGCAUGAAGACGUCCUGUAGCCACGGCUCCAGCGGAGGCGACUACCACACGCGCUUCGCCACUGUCAGCCCCCUACCCGAGGUGGAGAACGACCGCCUGGAGACCUGCCCCGCUUCCUCAUCUUCCUCCCAGGGACAUGGAGCUGUGAUCACACCCCACUCCCCCACCUCCACCACCUCCUCCCUGGGCCACGGUGCAGAGCUCUCCCCUCUCUGCUUCAUCACAGAGGAGAACGUCAACCUGGUGUGCCCCGCUGAGCUGGACUCUCAAAGCAACACCAGAGAGCUGCUAAAAGAAACCAACAACAACCACCAACAACCACAGCACCCAACCCAAACCCAGCAGCAGCCCAAGAACUCCUGUAUACAGACUGACAUAUAAAAUCUCAAUACCUUAAGUGCUGCACAGACGCUGUUUUUAUUUAACAUCUUUUCCUCCACUAAACUAACAACCAUAGCUUACAGUUUAACCUGCAUUUUCUGUUCUUCCCUUGUAAAGGGGAUGUGUUAUUUUGGGAUUAAUGUCCUCCAUAAAAGCAACCUUUGAGUAAAACAGAGAUCUGUGUGUCACUGACUGUCAGAGGGUUUGUGUUAAGAGUAUUAAGAGGUUUCCAAAGUGCAGCCAUGUAAGAAAUGUUAAGGUUGUGAAUGCUGGUGUUUCUCCCUGUGCGACCCGCAGACUGCUGACAGUUCACUCACUCACCACUUGUAACAGAGGCAGCCCACGUGUAUUCGGUCGCUGUCUCAUUGAUCUGUGUAGGUUCAAAAUAAAACCACUGUGCCAGUUUC